ACAGAGGCUGGUCCACGCGUCAAACCCCAGCUCUAGUGCGUGUUUGCGUCCCCGCACGAGACGCAAACAUGAUGUGACACCGGACCACGCGUGAUGCACCCGUCGUGGAACAGGGAGGGGGGGAGGUCGCUCAGGGUCCAGAACCGGAGCCCAGUGUGAUGUGAGUGCUGGAGUGGGUCCAGGGAUGCUGCGGCUCGUCUUCCUGCCGGAGUGCCGCCGCGCAACCGGAGGCUGCGCCCUGCACGUCUGAUGCUCAACGUGGGAAGCGUGGAUUUGUUUCUGUCCCCCCCACUCCCCCUUGCACCUUUUCUCUCUGACUGAACCCGUGGGAGUGAUGGAUCCCAUUUAAACCCACUAUCCUGCGGGAAUCUGCGUCGCUGCGUGGACCGUGUGCGUGGAGCGCGCGCGCAACAACAACACCGCAACAUGGGGACGAGUUUGUCCAACCUGGCCUCCUUCCAGUCCCUGCACAUAGUCAUGCUGGGUCUGGACUCUGCGGGGAAGACCACCGUCCUGUACCGGCUCAAAUUCAACGAGUUCGUCAACACGGUCCCGACCAUCGGCUUCAACACGGAGCGGAUCCGGCUCGGGGGCGCGGGGGCCUCCCGGGGCAUCAGCUGCCACUUCUGGGACGUGGGGGGCCAGGAGAAGCUGCGGCCCCUGUGGAAGCCCUACAGCCGCUGCACGGACGGCAUCGUGUACGUGGUGGACUCCGUGGACGCGGAGAGGCUGGAGGAGGCCCGGACCGAGCUGCAUAAGAUCACCCGGUUCUCGGAGAACCAGGGGACCCCCCUGCUGGUCAUCGCCAACAAACAGGACCUGCCCCGGGCUCUGGACGUGGGGGAGAUCGAGAGGCAGCUGGCCUUGGCGGAGCUGAGCCCGUCCACGCCGUACCACGUCCAGCCCGCAUGCGCCAUCAUCGGAGAAGGUCUGGAUGAAGGGAUGGACAAACUGUACGAGAUGAUAGUGAAGAGGAGGAAGUCACUGAAGCAGAAGAAGAAGAGGCAGUGAUGAGCGUGCACCAGGAGAAGCCCAUAGAAAUACAACAACAUAGAACGGGCAUCAUCAGUAUGAAGCAGGUCACCCACAAACACACAUUUCCAUGACAACCCGUGGGAACCAGUCACUAAAGGACUGUUGAGAAAAGACCAAUCCAAGGUAAACCUCAACAUCUGUAUUUGAUGACACAGAAUGAAUGAGAUCUGCAAAAACCCAUGGAUUUGUAGGUAGUUUGAGUCCCUGUACAGCGACUAUUAACCCUUGUGCUUCCCUUUAACCUUCCAGUAUCCAGGUGAGCGUAUUAUGCACAGAUGCACUUCAUCUUUUAAAAAGUCAUAUUAUUUUUCACAAUUUCUAUAAGGGCAGAAUUCAAAAGUUGUUCAUUUUUGCAUGAUUUUUUUUUAAAAUUCUGACCCAGCCACUAAAAUCCACACAUUAUAAAAAACAAAGGAAAAUUACUACACUAUCACCCAUCCCUGAAGCGACUAAAAAAUGCGCAUCUACACAUUUUAGCAUUUAACAUUUGAUCUAGCGCAAAAAAUAAUAAUUCAUAUUAACCAAUGCUGCUGUU